AUGGGCCCGCAAAACCCGGCGACAAGAUCGCCUCCUCCAACAACCGAAGAUGUGCCCGGACCCAGCAUCCCUCCGCCGUCCAGGCGAUUAGUUAGGCCACAACCCGUCGAGUCUCCCAGCUGGACUUCAUUGAAUUCGGUUGACUCGGUCCCUGUCAUAGGUGUGUUUCCGCUGGGAUCCCUCCAUGUCAACGAGCCAAAGGACGAUAUUGACCCCAACAUGGAUCCUGUGACCCCACUUACAAUUCCUGACGGCACGCCUGAUGCCUCCCUGUCCACGCAGAAGGGUCCCGGGCUGUUGCACGGCGGCGACGUCCUCAUACUAGACGAUCUGCCCAAUAAUUUCACUGUGGGCUGCGAUACCAUUUCCUUCACAACCACUCGCCAGUUCUUCGGAUUCAGAGACAUUCCGUCCGGGGCGCAUCUUGUGUGGGCUGCCUCCUCCGAGUCCACGUCUUCGCGCAGCGCUUGUUGGAUCGUGACUCCUGAAAAAGCUGAGUCCGCUCCAGGCGUAGUCUACAUCAAGCAGUGGGACAAGUUCAAUGAGGUCUUGAGCGACCCGGCGAGUCUGGCGGAGGAGAGAAUUCAGAAGGAAGGACUGGAGCAGACCUUUGCCAGCCUGUCUCCUUAUCAGUUAAAGGCACCCACAUCUGCGGUCAUUCGACCCGACAGCCCGUCCGAGCCAUUGCCCGAUUUUCUAGACAGCAAUAUUUGGUCUCAACUCACAUUCGCUAUUCAACCCUCCUUGCUGGGUCGCAUCACGGGCAGCAAGCAACAGAGGAGGACAUGGCCCGUCAGUACGACGGACAGAGUGGCCGGCGAGACAAGUCUCCCGGAAGAAGCUCGUCUCUAUCCGACCACUGGCUCCCAACUCCAGUUCACCUUCGCUAUCGACCAGCGCCUCUUCGAUACAACCGCCGAGGGCUCAGAGCGGACACGACAGGCCCUCGAUCCAACAUCAUGGAUCGUUACUAAGAUUAAGAAGGACGAAGACCUGAUUGGCGAGCUACAAUUCGCCUUCCUGGUUGGCAUGCAUCUGGGAAACUACUCGUGCCUCGAUCAAUGGUGGUACUACUCAACCCGCGUCGUCUUCCGUUCCUACCGUCUCGCCGCAGAAAGACCACAACUCGCCCGCAACCUGAUCCAAACGUUCCAUGCGCAGCUCUUUUACAACAACCGUUAUCUCGAGGGUGACAUUAUGGACACCAUCCCCGGCUACGCCAAGAAGCUGCAAAAGGCCCUGACGACGUACAAAUCGCGGCUCACCGAGCUGCUCCUCUCUCUGGGCGACCGUUGUACCCCGGAUCAGAAGGCUGUUGGCCAGGCGUUCGAAGCCCUCGAGACAUGGUUGUGGCGUCUUGAUUGGGAUUUGAGGGGCGAAUACGUCAGGUCUGGAAACUUCAUGCUGGAAGAUGGCGAGAUGGUGCGAGCCGAGUUGUCGGACUUUGAGAGUGAGGACGAGAGGGGCGAUUUUGCGGCUGUGGUUAUGCACCUGGAUGAGGAUGGACGGCCGACCGAUCUGGUGGCGGUUUGA